AUGCCUGUUAGCGUCCCAUUUCUAUCAGGGCAUAACAAGUUGACGAUUGAGCUUGCCGAGCCAAUUGUAUAUCUAAGAGGAUAUCCCGGUACGCCUACCACUCAGGUGUUGCGAGGCGAGGUUGUCUUGGUGACAUCCAAACCCAUGUCGGCUUCUUCGGUUAUGGUUAAAUUUGUGGGACGAUGUCAUUCUUUGUGGCCUGAAGGCAUUGGCCAUCGUGGAACCAAAAUGUACCAUGAAAAGACGAUCCAUGAGCAGAAUGCUAUUUUGCAGUCGUGGUCACCGGAUGCUGCUCACACAGCACUUCCAGCUGGGUUACAUCGAUGGCCCUUUGAAUUCCUUGUAUCCAACCGUAUUCCCGAGACAAUUGAAGAUGAUUUGGCAAAGGUGUUUUACUACGUGUCUGCCACUGUUCAACGACCAGGCGUGGUGGAAGCGAAUCUACGUCGACGACGAGAGAUUCUUGUUUUGCGUACGAUUGAAUGGACUGAAAAUGCCUUAUCCGAUCACUCGUUGCCUACAACAUCGAUCAAUGUGGAACGACGACUCGACUGUUGCGAUGCCGCCAUUUGUAUCGAGAAAUCAAUUGUAUCAUCAGGCACACAAUUUCCAAUCUCGUUUAUGUUUUCACCCAACAUGAAGAACGUGGCACUUGAAUCCAUCUCAAUUGUUCUCUCUGAACAACGCAUCUAUCGAUUGCCCGAAUACAAUGCACGACGCACAGAGAUGCUCAACUUUAAAGUGAAGCUGAAUACGGUGACAAGCAUGCUCGAUCCCAGCCUUCGAGAUAAUCCCUUGGUGCCAUGUUCGGAUGUACCCGUUGCCCAAUUGAGACGUGUGCUUAAUGCAAAGAAUGCACAUAUCCCUUUGCUUGCCAACCCUUUCCAAUAUCGAUACAUCAUGAGCUUGCCCAAUUGCUCAGAUGGUUUGAAUCAUUCGACAGGCUAUGAAGAAAUCGACAUUCGUCAUUAUCUCAAGAUCCAAAUCGAGCUUUCGGUGCCUGAUCGUCCUGAUCGUGUUGUCAUUCACUUUGAAACACCCAUCACUAUCCUUGAUUGUCGCCUCAAAGAAGACCUUGCCACUUUACCCACCUAUGAAGAAUCACUCUCUGAUCUUGCUCUUGAUGCCGAAACCGUGGACUCAAGCAAACCCACCACCUUUUUUGCAUGCCCAUGUUAUCUUGACUAUAAAAAGAGGAGGCAUUGUGGACGACAAGAAUGGGUCAUGAUCCGUCAACGCAACGUGGUUGAUUCCGUUUAUCAACUUCCACCACCACCUUACGAGGAGAACAAGGUUGUCUAA